AUGUACACAGGAGGAAGUAACAGCAGCAGCAGCAACCUACACAGGAGAAAGCAACACUGGAGGAAGCAACAGCAGCAACCUACACAGGAGGAAGCUACAGUAGCAAUCUACACAGCGAGGAAGCAACACCGGUGUCAGAAACCUACACAGCGAGGAAGCAACAGCAGCAACCUACACAGCAAGGAAUCAACAGCAGCAACCUACACAGCGAGGAAGCAACAGCAGCAACCUACACAGCAAGGAAGCAACAGCAGCAACCUACACAGCGAGGAAGCAACAGCAGCAACCUACACAGCGAGGAAGCAACAGCAGCAACCUACACAGCGAGGAAGCAACACCGGUAGCAGCAACCUACACAGUGAUGAUACAACACCACCAGCAGCAACCUACACAGCGAGGAAGCAACACCAGCAGCAGCAACCUACACGGCGAGGAAGCAACACCACCAGCAGCAACCUACACAGCGAGGAUACAACACCACCGCCAGCAACCUACACAGCGAGGAUACAACGCCACCAGCAGCAACCUACACAGCGAGGAAGCAACACCACCACCAGCAACCUACACAACGAGGAAGCAACACCACCAACAGCACUACACAGCGAGGAAGCAACACCACCACCAGCAACGUACACAACGAGGAAGCAACACCAGCAGCAGCAACCUACACAACGAGGAAGCAACAGCGGCAGCAGGAUGUACAUAUUUACAUUGGAUGGGGGUAUACCACGAUAA